GGUCUCGAGCUGCGCUCAGAAAACAACGCAGUGGCAGAAACAAACCCCAGGAACUGCCCAAGUCAAACACAAAUCCCGGCCCUGGCGAGCAACUCAAGAUGGUUUUAGAAACUAUUUCAAAGAUAAUAAAAGUGCAGCUUCCGGCCUACCUAAAGAAGCUUCCGCUGCCGGAGACAAUCGGAGGGUUCGCGAGGUUAACAGUGUCUGAGUGGCUCCGGUUGCUACCUCUCCUCGGCAUUCUGGCGCUGCUGGGUUACCUGACCAUUCGUCCGUUCCUGCCCAAGAAAAAGAAGCAGAGAGACAGCCUGAUCAACCUCAAGAUCCAGAAAGAGAACCCUAAAGUGGUCAAUGAGAUAGACAUUGAGGACCUGAAAAGUACAAAUGCUUGUUACUGUCGAUGCUGGCGCUCCAAAACUUUUCCUGUUUGUGACAAGUCACACUUAAAGCACAAUGAACUGACCGGGGACAACGUGGGACCUCUCAUCCUCAAAAAGAAGAUAACAUAAUUGACCUCUGGUGGAUUUUACGUCUGACUAUUCUGUCCUUUAUCUUUUCCUUGUAUUGUGUUUUUCUUAAAUAAUACAGUCCAUUGUAUCAGUGAGAAUAGGAUUUUUGUAGUUAGGGUAGUUCUCUCUCUUUUUUUUUUCUCAUAGUUAAUGGAUCAAUGUUCCUUAUUCAGCAUGUUAACACAGUUGUUUAUAUAUGGCGCUGAAAGUGUGUUUUGUCAAUAUGUUGGGUUUAAAUGUCAUUUCACUGGGACCAUUUUGACAGAACAACCUAAAAGGUAAUUGCAAUGACUUUAUGAUAACUUCCAAUGAUAUGAACUGGAGUUCCAACGCUCGUUCUUCCCAGUUUAAUUGUUGUUUAUAACUGAAAUACCCAAAUAUCUAAUCCAACCUGUAUGCAAUAUUUCGCCUUGUAUGCCUUUAUCUUUCAGUUGUCUCUAGAGCAUUUGCCAGUCUGAGUGCCCGAUGUUUGCAACCACACUUCAGAGAUGUAUUAUAGUUUCUGAUGUAUCAAUAUGUAUGUAAUGAAUGUGUGGAUUCACAGUGUAUGUGUGGAAUACUUAGAUUCCUGGUAUGUUUUGCUCAUAAACAUCAUUUAUUGUUGUGUGUUCUGUUGUGUUGAAACAUUUCAAAGCACUGCAUUGUUGAGUAACGUUCUGCUUUAACCUCACUAAGGCUUUGAGAUUUCAGAACUGCAACAUACGACUUUUUUUUCUACUGUUUGAAGUGCUUUAUUCACUGCAUUUGGCGGACUUCUUGGCAGAAUACUUCCUGUAUAUUUGAGCCAAAACGUUUUCACACAUAAGUUGGUUUUUAUCUUUCAUAUAUAUAAAUAACUUCAUGAAUGGUAAUGUUUGCUAGACUAUUUGAAGUUGUUCAUGCUGAAUGUUAACCGACGUGAUCAUGCAUAAUUCUGUAGCUUUUGUGGGCAGAACAUCAGCUUCUUUUUUUAAUAAGUUUUGGAAAUCCAUGUAGUUUUGUUUUAAGCAGCAAGUUUAAAUAAAUGCUCCUUUAACUCAA